AACAUUGUUUACCUUCCUUCGGAUAUCUGAAUUGCCUACAGAGAAAAAUAUUGGCUACUCUCAAACAUAAGGCGAUCAUUUCUCUUUUCUCCACUCACCGCUGCAUCGGAACAGUCUCCUCCACUGAUCCGUCAUGGACAACUCUGUUCGAAUCUAACAUCAAAACCUCGCUCGUUUCACCUGUUUCGAGUUCUCGUUUCCCACGCUUCAAUUUGGGCGUAAUUCUCAAGAUGUGGUUGUGCCACCGGUUGAAGGUGUUGCAGGAGGUGGUACCGCUUAUGGGUGGAAUGAUGGUGGCACACUUGGCUUGAAUGUCAAGGGACCAGUUGACCCAACAGAAAUUCCAACUAGGGAUUUAGUUCAUGUAUGGUGCAUGCCAAACACAGCAAAUAUUGGACCUCAAGAUAUGGCCAGACAUUUGGAGCCUAUAAACCUGCUGGCAGCUAGAAAUGAGAGGGAGAGUGUGCAAAUAGCUAUCCGACCAAAGGUUUCAUGGGGUGGUGCUAGUGCUGCAGGGACUGUGCAGAUUCAGUGCAAUGACCUAUGCUCCACAUCUGGAGACAGACUGAUUGUUGGCCAGUCACUACGGUUGCGGCGGGUGGUGCCCAUUUUAGGUGUACCUGAUGCUCUUGUUCCUGUUGAGCUUCCAGUCAGUCAAAUAAACCUAUUUCCUGGGGAGACUACUGCUCUUUGGAUAUCUAUUGAUGUUCCUAGUUCUCAACCUCCAGGACAAUAUGAAGGAGAAAUUCUCAUUACUGCCAUAAAAGCAGAUGCAGAAUCUCCUUUUCAAAGUUUUAGCAAGGUUGAGAAACAUCAAUUAUAUAGGGACCUAAAGGGAUGUCUUGAUGUUGUUGAGCCAAUUGAUGGAAAACCAUUAGAUGAAGUGGUUGAAAGGGUGAAAUCUGCGACUGCAUCUUUAAGAAGGAUUCUUCUGUCUCCAUCAUUUUCUGAAUUCAUUUCAGAUAAUGGACCAGUAGACAUAAUGGAUGAGGAUGCGAUUUCAAAUCUCUCUCUACGGGUGAAGUUAAAUCUGACUGUUUGGGAAUUCGUACUUCCUGAAACUCCCUCGCUCCCUGCUGUAUUUGGUAUAUCGGAUACUGUAAUUGAGGAUCGAUUUGGUGUUCAACAAGGGACAGCUGAGUGGUAUGAGGCAUUGGAUGAACAUUUCAAAUGGCUUCUUCAAUAUAGAAUCAGCCCGUAUUUUUGUAAAUGGGCUGAUGGUAUGCGUGUUUUGACAUACACAUCUCCAUGGCCAGCGGAUCAUCCAAAGUCAGAUGAAUAUUUUUCAGAUCCACGGUUGGCUGCAUAUGCUGUACCGUAUAAACAAGUAAUCUCCGGUAAUGAUGCGGCAAAGGAUUACUUGCAGAAACAAGUUGAGAUAUUGAGAACCAAAACUCACUGGAGAAAAGCUUACUUUUACUUGUGGGAUGAGCCACUGAACUUGGAACAAUAUGAUUCUGUUCGCAAUAUGGCUAGUGAGAUUCAUGCAUAUGCUCCAGAUGCUCGUAUUUUAACUACUUACUAUUGUGGACCAAAUGAUGCGCCUCUUGCACCUACUCCAUUUGAGGCUUUUGUUAAAGUUCCAAGUUUUUUGCGUCCUCAUAAUCAAAUUUAUUGUACAAGUGAAUGGGUUCUGGGCAAUCGGGAAGAUCUGGUUAAGGAUAUUAUUGCUGAAUUACAACCAGAGAAUGGUGAGGAAUGGUGGACAUAUGUCUGUAUGGGACCAUCAGAUCCUCAUCCAAAUUGGCAUCUAGGAAUGCGAGGUACCCAACACCGUGCCGUUAUGUGGCGUGUGUGGAAAGAGGGUGGCACAGGAUUUUUGUACUGGGGGGCCAACUGCUAUGAGAAAGCAACUGUAGCCAGCGCAGAGAUAAAAUUCAGGCAUGGUCUACCCCCUGGAGACGGAGUCCUAUACUAUCCCGGUGAGGUGUUCUCAACUUCUCAUCAGCCAGUGGCUUCUCUUAGACUAGAACGCAUACUUAAUGGCUUGCAGGACAUCGAGUACCUGAGACUAUAUGCUUCAAGAUACGGUAGGGAUGAAAGUAUUGCACUUUUGGAAAGGACGGGAGUGUACUUUGGUCCUGAGCGUUACACAUUUGAGCAUAUGCCGAUUGAUGCAAUGAGAGGGCAAAUAUUUAAUGCCUGCCGUUCAUAAAUCGGGUAUUUAUAGAUGCUGCUUGGUCGAGUGCUUCAUUUGUCGAUAGCUGGGAAGUUCAACUUGAGCAUCUUAAGCAUCUAACCUAUAAAGAUGCGACAACAUAGUUAUCGAGUGAGAUCCUUGGAAUAUCACACACACACGUACUAUCCAAUUUGAACUCCUAGAUAUGAAAUGUGAUAGUCAUAUAUAUACAUAUAAAGCAUCUGAAACGUACUUAGAUGAGAAAUCUGUUGUUCAUAAUGUGCCUUUUGAGAGUACAUAGGACCAUAAUCUAUUACAGUUAAUGUUGCA